UAUGUUUACUACUAGACAGCCAGCUAAGUUUUUAAGUCCAUUUCAUUAGUGAACGCUGCCUAUACCACAUAUAUAUUGCUAAACAUUUUAGUUCGAAGAAGAAGAAGAAAAUGGAGUCUUCUGACAAAGUGGUGGAAACAGUGAUAGUAGGGAAUUAUGUUGAGAUGGAGAGUGAAGGGAAGCCUAAUAACACUGACAUCAAAUCCAAAAUCUCCAAUUUAUUCUGGCAUGGUGGCUCUGCUUAUGAUGCUUGGUUUAGCUGUGCUUCUAAUCAGGUAGCUCAAGUGCUAUUGACACUACCAUACUCAUUUUCUCAACUAGGAAUGCUCUCUGGCGUUACAUUUCAACUCUUCUACGGUUUAUUAGGCAGUUGGACUGCUUAUCUCAUUAGUAUUCUCUACAUUGAGUAUAGAACUAGAAAGGAAAGAGAAAAAGUCGAUUUCCGCAAUCACGUCAUUCAGUGGUUUGAAGUUCUUGAUGGGUUGCUAGGAAAACAUUGGAGGAACGUUGGCUUGGCAUUUAAUUGCACUUUCCUUUUGUUUGGAUCUGUUAUUCAACUUAUUGCCUGUGCAAGCAAUAUAUAUUACAUAAAUGAUAAUUUGGACAAAAGAACUUGGACUUAUAUAUUUGGAGCUUGUUGUGCAACUACUGUAUUCAUUCCAUCUUUUCACAACUAUCGAAUCUGGUCUUUCCUUGGCCUAUUAAUGACCACUUACACUGCUUGGUAUCUUACUGUCGCAUCACUCCUCCAUGGCCAGGUGGAGGGGGUGAAACAUUCAGGUCCAACAAAAAUGGUUCUAUACUUCACCGGAGCAACAAAUAUUCUCUACACAUUUGGGGGACAUGCCGUUACUGUAGAAAUAAUGCACGCGAUGUGGAAACCACAAAAGUUUAAGGCAAUUUACUUAUGGGCAACACUGUAUGUGUUAACACUGACCCUUCCAUCAGCAGCAUCAGUGUAUUGGGCAUUUGGAGAUUUGCUACUUGAUCACUCCAAUGCCUUUUCUCUUCUUCCUAAAUCACCCUUCAGAGACAUGGCUGUCAUCCUCAUGCUCAUUCAUCAGUUCAUAACAUUUGGUUUUGCAUGCACACCAUUGUAUUUUGUAUGGGAGAAGGCCAUAGGCUUGCACGAAUGCAGGAGCCUAUGCAAGAGGGCGGCGGUGCGGUUGCCAGUUGUGGUUCCGAUAUGGUUUCUGGCCAUUAUCUUCCCAUUCUUUGGCCCUAUAAACUCCUCCGUUGGUUCACUCCUCGUUAGUUUCACCGUCUACAUUAUCCCGGCUCUCGCUCACAUGCUCACCUUUAAAACGGCUGCAGCUCGAGAGAAUGCGGUAGAGCAACCCCCAAAAUUCGUGGGCCGUUGGGCUGGAACAUUUACGAUAAACAUCUUUGUGGUGGUUUGGGUACUGAUUGUUGGGUUUGGAUUUGGUGGUUGGGCUAGCAUGACCAAUUUCAUUCAUCAAAUCGACACAUUUGGUCUUUUCACCAAGUGUUACCAAUGUCCACCUCCACCGCGAUCCCCACCACCACUCAUCCCUCAGGUUGGCGCUCCAAGUCCGGCUCCAGCCAACAUCACUCGCCAUCACCACCUAUGAGCUCAUCGAUACCGAUAUUCAUGCUGGAAAUGAAAUAGGGUUAAAAGACCUAUUCGACCCUCAAUUUCGCACGACAUUAUGAGUUGGAACGAUAGUGAGAUCAAGAUGCACGGGUUCUAUGUGUAAAUUUGCGAGUCACAACAAUUUCACCCCACCCCCAUCCCUUCCCUGUCUUAAUUUUUUUUUUCUUUUUCCUUUUUAGCUUGAUUUGGGCAUUUGGUUAGUGUUGGUUAAUUAAUGUAGUAUGCAACAUGUUUCUAGAAAAAAGAUUUGCAACUUUUUAGUUC